ACCCAAAAUCCGAUACUUGUUAUUGUUUUUGAAACACGCUCUCUCUCUCUUUGCUCACUGAAAACUCUCUCUCUUUGGUGCGUCGAUCUCUUUCCGUCUCAGGUUUGCUUGCCCGCCUAUGGAACUCCAAGUUUUGCUAGGGUUUUAUUUUCUUAGGUUUUUAUAUUUAGGGUUUGCUUGUCCUGUGAUAUUUUCUAUCUGCAAUAAACUUGGGGAAACGCCGAACCUCUUGAUUGUGCGCCGUUAACAGAUCUUCUUUUUUUAUUCUCGGGUUGAUCGGAAUUUAGGGAAAAAUUAGUCAGUUAUUAUCGAUUAAAUUCAGGGUAUCCUUUUAUGGGAUUUGGGGUUUCCUAGAUAUGUAAGGUUUACUCUGUCUGUUUGAUCGGAGUUUCGAAAUUUUCGAUGAAGGGUUUGAUGAAAUCUGUGAAAUUAAGCCCUAAAACUUGAAAUGGAUCAAUUAGGACUUUAUUCCAGAGGGGUUUACUCAGUUUGAUUGGACCUUUGGAAAGUUGGGAAAAUUUUCAUCUCUAAGGUUUACUCUGUCUGUUUGAUCUGAGUUUCGAAAUUUUUGAGGAAGGGUUUGAUGAAAUCUGGGAAAUUAAGCCCUAAAACUUGAAGUGGAUCAAUUAGGGCUUUAUUCCAGAGGGGUUUACUCAGUUUGAUUGGACUUUGGAAAGUUGGGAAAAUUUUCAGCUCUAAGGUUUACUCUGUCUGUUUGAUCUGAGUUUCGAAAUUUUUGAGGAAGGGUUUGACGAAAUCUGGGAAAUUUAGCCCUAAAACUUGAAGUGGAUCAAUUAGGGCUUUAUUCCAGAGGGGUUUACUCAGUUUGAUUGGACUUUGGAGAAAAUUUUCAGCUCAAGGAUUUGUUUAAGCUCGGGAUAUGAAACCCUAAGCGUGAAAUUAUGAAGGAUAUUGGGUUUAAUUUCUUCAAUAAUAUCUUUACAGUUUGCCCAAUUUGGUGAAUGUGGAUUUGAGGGGUUUUACUGAACUUAAGGCCGCUGAUUGAUUUUGAUCUUCUGGGGAGGACAUCUAUGUGAAUCAGUUUGCUCAGCCUGCUGGUUGUUUUGGAUCUUCUGCCAUGGAAGAGACAUAUUUGUUUUGUUUUGAAUCGCAACUAUGUGGAUCAGUUUGUUCAUUCUUUCGUUUCAUGUAUUUUUGUUUCAUAGAUGGACAGCAAGACAGCAAGAAAGCCUUAUGUUUUUGAUCGCCUGGGAAGAAAACCUGCUCACAACAAGCCUGUUUGCAUCUUCUGGCGUAAUGGUAAAUGCCUCAGGAACCCAUGUAGGUUCCUUCACAGUGAACUACCAGUCAUGUGUGCUAAGAAAGGGUCCAACACGGAGUCAUCUAAUCAGCAGGAUCUCCCUACAAAGAACUCCAAUUACAUUAGGACCAAGAACAAAUUGAUUUUGAAAAGGUCCUUGGAAACUACUGUUGAAAAUUCCCGAGAAGAUGCUGGUUCUAAAGACUGCAAAAGGGGAACUUCUAAGAACUUAGCCUUGAAGAAUGAGGAGAGUGGUUCCAACAGUACAGAAGAUGUUCUUACGAAAUCUGAAGAUGUUCUUACGAAAUCUGAAGAUGUUCUUAAGAAAUCUGAAGAUGUUCUUGAGCAAAAUGUUUGUCAAUACUGGGUGCAUGGCAACUGCAUAGAUGGCGAUAAGUGUCAGUCUCUGCAUUCCUGGUUUCAUGCAGAUGGGUUAUCGAUCUUGGCUCGACUUCAAGGGCACACAAAGGCUGUCACGGGGAUUGCACUUCCUGAAAAAAAUAACAAGCUUUACACAGGCAGCAGUGACAGAACAGUUCGGAUUUGGGAUUGUCAUACAGGACAGUGUGCUCAAGUCGUUGAACUUGGUGCCGAUAUAGGAUCAAUGAUUAGUGAAGCUGUUUGGGUGUUCAUUGGCAUGCCAAAUGUUAUUAAGGCAUUGAACACUGAGUUAGGUGCCGAAUACGAUCUCAGUGGACCGAUUGGUCAAGUCUACGCCAUGGCAACAACUCAUGAUAUUACGCUUUUUGCUGGAGGCCAGGAUGGUGUUAUUUUAGCGUGGAAGUGCACUUCUGAAACUAAUUCCCCUUUCCAACCCGUCGCAUCUCUUAAAGGACACACAUCAGACGUAGUAGCUUUAACUGUUGGACGCGAGCGGUUGUAUUCAGGUUCUAAGGACCACACAAUAAGGGUUUGGGAUCAUAAAACUUUAGAGUGUGUUAUGACACUGGAUGGUCAUGCCGAUACUGUGACGUCCCUUAUUUGUUGGGAGGAUUUUCUGUUAUCCGGUUCUUUGGACCGGACAGUAAAGGCUUGGGCUAUGAAUGAAGAGGGCCGCGUGGAAGCAAUCUAUACACACGUUGAGGAACACGGUGUUGUUGCUUUCUGCGGGAUUGAGGAUGGGAAUGGCAAACCAACCUUGUAUUGCUCUUGUAAUAACAAUUCUGUCCAGUUGUAUGAAAUGCCAUCAUUCGGUGAUGGGGGCAGAUUAUUUGCCAAACAAGAAGUUAAAGUUAUUCUACAAGGUCCAAAGGGACUCGGACUUUUUUUUACUGGGGAUCAAACUGGUUUGGUAACGGCGUGGAGGUGGUUACCAAAAUCCAAGGAGUAGCAGAUUUUUUACCAACACCCCCACACUUGGAGGGAACUGCAUUCCUUGCUGGAUUCUUCAGCACCGCAAGUCCUCCUCGCAAUUCAAGUUUGGGGGUUGUUAUUCUCAGGCAUGCAGUUGAUUUUAAAUUCUGAUUUUCAUUUCAUUGGCGAGUUUAAAAUGAUGAACACAUGAUCACUUGACUAGGGAAUUUGAGUUUUGUUACUCUCUUUGGCAACAUGAGAUGUUACUUGUUUCAACUUGAUUAUCACAAGCACACAUGCACAUAGUCUGUAAGGUGCGAAAUCUGAAAUCAAUUAUGUUUGUUAUCAGUAUUUUGAAUGCAGUUGGGUAACUUGUCGGAGGAAUAACCUUGGCAUAAAAAAAAAAUAAUAAAAAAAUAAAAAAAUAAAAAAAAAUAUUGAUCACUUUGAGCUUUUCACUAAGUAACCGGACCUCUUGCCUCAUUAAGCAGUGAGUGUUCGCGUCAAAAGGUUGGAAGUUUGGUUUGAUUGAUAGCAUGGCUAGUUUAGCUUCGUAGCCUUUUUGAUUCGAGUUAGUAAGCCCUUAGGAGUGUUUUUACACUUAAUGCCCUAAAGCCAUUUGGUUUGGGAGUCAUUGGCUUAACGCUCGAUACAUGGGUCAAUAAGAAAGCUUAAGGGAGCUAAGCAUUGCACAGCCUUUGCAUAAAAAAAUAAUAAUAAUACUGAUCACUUUGAGCUUUUCGCUGAGUAACCGGACCUCUUGCCUCAUUAAGCAGUGAGUGUUCGUGUCAAAAGGUUGGAAGCUUGAUUUGAUUGAUAGCAUGGCUAGUUUGGCUUCGUAGCCUUUUUGACUCGAGUUAGUAAGCUCUUAGGGGUGUUUUUACACCUAAUGCCCUAAAGCCAUUUGGUUUGGGAGUCAUUGGCUUAACGCUUGAUACAUGAGUCAAUUAGAAAGCUUAAGGGAGCCAAGCAUUGCACAGCCUGCCCUUGGUUGAUCCGAUGGGGAGUCCAACAAAUUUUGAAUAUUCAACCAUUCAUGUUGAGAUCAUUUUUCAACUCUUACGACUAUGUGUAAGUUCACUUUACACUAGUUGAAAUCUUGUGAUAUCUCAUAAUGCCAUGUGUAGUAACUCGAUUCAAAAUUUCCUAGAAUUUUGAGGAUGGAGUUUAUCUUGUUAAGCUUGUUAAUGAAUGAGAACCAUAAUUUUUAUGAUACUUCAUUCUUGGGGAUAACAUGGUGGUAACAAUGUUUAUGGCUAUCAUUACUGCUGGAUCAAAACUGGUUUGGUAACGAACGGCGUGGAGGUGGUUAUCAAAAUGCAAGGCAUCAUCACCCCUGGAGGAGUAGCUGAUUUGCUUUGUCUUUUUGUUUGAACAGUUACUCAUUAGUGGAUUAGAUGUACAAAAUUUUUGUAAUGACCCUUUUACUAUCUAUUAUAUGAUAGAAUGAUUCAAUUC